CAUUUUUUUUUUCUUCCAUGAAUAUAUGUAUUGCAAUUUACAUUGUAUAUGUGGAGGCAUCUAUUAUCUAUUCAUUCUGUUUAUUUUUCCUUUUUCCUUUGGUGUCACUGAAGGGUUGUGAUAAGCCAAUAGCUGUACGUUUUGCAGAACCUAAGAAAAUUAGGAAUGGAGAAGCAAGGUUUUGCUCUGUUCUACUUAUUUGUGAACUGGAAUUCCUCAUAUCGUUUCUCUUUUUUCAUAACUGAUCCUUUUAGUCACUGUUUGGUAUUAUAAUUGAUAAUCAGGUGCCCCAUUCAAAUUUCUCUCCAGGGACAAUAAGAUGUUUAGUGGCAUGCCCUUUGGCCCCCAUUCUCAAGAACCAGUUGUUAAGUAACUUUUUUCAUGUUACUUCCAUUCAUUUUUUUUUCUUGUUGACUGUAUUUAAAUUUUGUUUUUGUGGAUAUACGUACCAGGAAAACAACCAACCUGGGUGAUUCCAUGGUGGGGCAUAACCGGCCUAAUGCACCUCAUCUGGCACAACAUUUCUCGUUAACUAAACAACCACAAGCAGAUUCUUCGGUGGCAAACCAGGAACCUCCGCAGUUGUCUCAGAUGCAGAAUAGAAAAGCAAGUUCUCAACAAUUUCAAGGCGAAGUUCGUGAUUUUCCAAGAUAGUUGCAUGUGAUGCAACCAUUUAAACAAACGCUAGAGCAACACAAGUGGUCUCAGACUAGUGGACAACCGGUAUUCCGAACCAAUAAUAAUCUUAGCUAGUUAAUUUUCAGUUUUUUUAGUAUUGCAUGUUAUAUGUUGAAGUUUUUAUUUUUUAAUAACUUCUAUCCAUAUGUCCCUUUUUUGGUGUUCAAUUGAGUGCGGCCAGAAGAGUGCUUGCAGCAUCUGAAGGGGUUUAUUCAAUAGAAUAUUAUAUUGCAUUCCUUCUGCUUCAUUUUUUUUUAAAUUAAGAACUUUAUCUAUGUUAUUUUAAUGAAAUGUUUAAUGCAGCCUCUACCAACUGGAAGCAGUUCUCGGGAAAUUGCUUACAAUAUUCCCAGAGCUGCAGUGCCUGCAAAUCCUCAGAUGCCUGAACUUCCAGAAUGUGAUUGGAGUGAGCAUACCUGCCCUGAUGGGCAUAAGUAUUAUUAUAAUUGUGUCACUCGUGAAAGCUUGUGGGAAAAGCCCAAGGAAUAUGGUUUGUUUGAGGAACAGUUAAAGAAUGAGAGACAGCAGCAAACUGCUGCCCACAAGCUUCAGUCUUCUUCCUUGGUUCUCUCUAAACAGCAACCUGCUCAAACACAAGAAAUUCAUUGCCAAACUCAUGUUGACCAUCAAAAUCUCCAACUAGAAAAACCUGCUCUAUCUGCGCCGGUGCAUAUUACUGUUUUCUUUAUCUUCCAUUUUCAGUAACUUUUCUGUUGAUUUAUGAAUGCGACUUUGGUGCCAUGAAAAGACUUCUGUUAAAUAAUAUUUUUUCCCAUCUCAUUUGCAUAGCAAUGACAAUGUGACAUAUCUUGUGAAGGUUGGUCUGUGAGGUUUCACGAAGAGUUAGUUUUAUUUCCUUGUUCAUAUAACAUGAAUUAUUGAUUUGAAUACCCUCAAUUAGAACUUGGACUGGUAAUAUGAUAGGCCACCCUUGACCUAUGUGUAUGCCAGGAAGGAUAGAAGCAAAGAGAAUGCAUAUAGUUAGUAUUUUUUAUUUUGUAUAGAUGUGAUCUCAAUCAUUAG